AUGCUGGAAAGGAUGCUGUGGGUGUGGACAAAAGUUCUGAUGAUGACCCUGUUGGUGCUGACUUCCCUAGUGGCUGUAGGCAGAGAAAGCCCAGGUAAACACUUUAUAGAACAGAUGAAGGCUGAGUGUCACUUUGUCAAUGGGACUGAGCACGUGCGGUUUGUGGAGAGACUCAUCUACGACCACCACGAGAUCCUGCACUUCCAUAGUGAUGUGGGGGAGUUCGUGGCCUUGACGGAGCUGGGGCGGCCCAUUGUGGAGCUAAUGAAUAGCCUGCUGGAGGCCCUGGAGCAAGCGUGGGCCCAGGUGACUGUGUGCAGGGACAGCUAUAGAUUGCUGGAGUCCUGGAUGCAGAAGAGGGGCCUGAUCAGCAACGGAGACUGGACCUACCAGAUCCUGGUGAUGCUGGAAAUGACCCCCAAGAAUAGACAUGUCUACACUUGUCAAGUGGAGCACUCCAGCCUUCAGAACCCUGUCGUUGUGGUCUGGGAAGCACCAUCCAGCUCUGACCAGAGAAAGAUGCUGAUUGGAGUUGGGGGCCUUGUGCUAGGACUGAUCUUCCUUGGGGAUGGCUUCGCUGUUCACCUUAGGAGUCAGAAAGGUGAGAAACUCAUGAGAUGGCCCUGA